CAAACUAAAGAAAAUGCAGGCAGAACUCGCUUUAGACUAAGUUAAUCCUUUUUCGACCAAAUACCGGAUCUGAGUAGUAAGGAAGCCAGAUAUGAUGCAAUAUGACGCCUUCAGUGAGCGAACAUUUUAUUUAAUAAGGUGUUGACGCACCGAAAUGAUCAGCGCCGGUAACAAUCGGUAACAAUCGCACCUAUGUCCCUAGUUUAUUGAAUCCCGCUAUAAGUCCUAUAUGUAAGACCGCGUGGCAGUGGCAGGGCAUUCCCAUUGUGAAAACUCCUGGGGAAAGCCCAAGCUGAUACCUAGGUAUCGUAUCGUCAGAGUUUCCGAGUCACAGCCACAACCGUAGGUGGGUCGAAUUCGCCGACGGAAGAUAUAAAAACUUUCCGAGUCCCGUUUGUAGCACUUGUUUAAUUUUAUUUAAAGCGAGCUCAAGGUAUCAUAUAGGACGACCUAGCGAGAUUGCAAGCUGUAUUCUACGAUCGCCAAUUCUACAUCCGCCGUUAUGUCAGAGAAAACCUUCAAAGCAUACAAGCACGAACAAGGCACUGCUUAUGCCCAGGUUCGGCCUGUCUACGACAAAGAUUUCUACCAGUUCAUUGUCGACAGCCACACUUCAACCGGCGGCAAGCUUGACAUCGUUCUUGAUGUUGGCUCCGGCCCCGGAGUUGCUGCACGUGGUCUUGCACCGCACUUUGCUCAUGUCAUCGGCAUCGAUGCCUCGGAAGGCAUGAUCAGCGCAGCUCGCUCGAUUGGGGGUCUCACGUCCAUUUCUGAGCCUAUCCGUUACGAGAUUUCUGGCGCAGAAGAGCUCGGGUCUAACUUGGACCCACCUAUUCCGGAUGCCGGUGUUGAUUUAAUCACAGCCGCUACGGCCGCGCACUGGUUUGACAUGUCCAGAUUCUGGCCACGCGCGGCCCAAGUGCUUAAACCCGGCGGGUCUGUUGCGCUCUGGUCCCUCUCAUCAGUGCAAAUUCUUCCAGCCACCCCAAACCACGAGGCAAUACAGGCAGCCUUGGAAAAUUUCAGGUCACAAGAACUCCGGCCGUACCUAGAGAGGGGUAACAUACUCGCUAGGGAUCUGUAUGUUGAUCUUCCCCUCCCAUGGACUCUGGAACACCCCGUUUCGGACUUCGACCAAAGCACUUUCGUCCGUAAAGAAUGGAAGGAUGAAGGACCGAAUAGCGACCCCGACCCUAUUGGUCUAGGCACACAAACUGUGAACUUGGAGCAAUUCGAAAAGCGAUUUGAAACCUCGAGUCCGGUGACUCGUUGGCGCGAGGCGCACCCAGAUGCUGUUGGAACGGAACGUGAUGUGGUGAAACUGCUCAGUCGAGAGGUGGCACGCCUCCUGCACGAAGCGGGUGUUGAGAAGGGAAAGGAGCAGAUUACGGGACGUGUGCGAUCGGUACUCUUGAUGGUGAAGAAGAAGGCGUGAUUCAUUUAGAGGCCUGAAGAUUAUAAGCUUAAUGUACCUUUUACUUAGCUAACUUAAGAUAGAUAGAAACGCAGCUAUGUAGUAGAUCUAAUGUAGGGCCGGGUUUGAUCUAAAUCAAGUCAUCUAGAC